AAAUUGAGGCCUUUUAAGGAGCUUGGCUUCUUUGUCCAAUUAACUUGGUUUCAAAGGGCAAGAGAAACCAAGAAAUCAAGAAACCAUCAAACUUCAAAGCUUUCCACUCAUUUCUCAUUGCUUUUAGAAGCUCUUAAACUGCUAUAAAAGCCAUUCAUCUCUCUCUCUUUCUUGCCUCACAUACCCAGAAACUUUUACGCCACCUUUUUAUUCUCUCUCUCUUUUCCCAAACUCUUUCUACAAAGAAGCUGAAACGGGGAGAGAAAUAAUCAGUGAGAUGGCGAGAAACGAAUGGAUUAAUGGGUAUUUGGAGGCGAUUUUGGACGUGGGAAGUAACCUAAAGAAAACGUUUGAUGGGAAACUGAGUGUUUCAAAGAUUGAAGAAAAAGAUCAUAAGGAAGACAAGUUAUUUAGUCCCACAAAAUACUUCGUUGAAGAAGUUGUUAAUAGCUUUGAUGAGACUGACCUCCACAGAACUUGGAUUAAGGUAAUAGCAACAAGGAAUACCCGUGAUCGCAGUAAUAGGCUUGAGAAUAUGUGCUGGCGUAUUUGGCAUCUCGCUCGCAAAAAGAAACAGAUAGCAUGGGACGAUGCAAAAAAGCUAGCAAAACGGCGUAUAGAACGAGAACAAGGCCGUAAUGAUGCUGCAGAUGACCUUUCUGAGCUCUCAGAAGGUGAGAAGGAGAAGAGUGAUACCAAUGUCUCAGAAUCGACCAAGGAUUUUUCCAGGAUCAACUCUGUUAUGCAUCUUUGGUCAGAGGAUGAUAAGUCUAGGAGACUUUACAUUGUCCUCAUCAGUAUUCAUGGGUUGAUACGGGGAGAAAAUAUGGAACUUGGAAGAGAUUCUGAUACUGGUGGUCAGGUGAAAUAUGUUGUUGAACUUGCUCGAGCACUGGCCAACACAAAAGGGGUCCAUCGUGUUGAUCUCUUAACUAGACAAAUCACCUCACCAGAUGUAGACUUUAGCUAUGGUGAGCCCAUCGAGAUGAUAUCAUGCCCAUCUGAUGGAAGUGGUAGCUGUGGAGCCUACAUUAUUCGCCUACCUUGUGGGCCUCGUGAUAAGUACAUACCAAAAGAGUCACUUUGGCCUUAUAUACCUGAAUUUGUCGAUGGGGCUCUAAACCAUGUAGUGAACAUGGCAAGAGCUCUAGGUGAACAAGUGGGUGGGGGAAAGCCAACAUGGCCUUAUGUGAUUCAUGGCCACUAUGCUGAUGCUGGAGAGGUGGCAACUCAUUUAUCCGGGGCCUUGAACGUGCCGAUGGUGCUAACAGGUCACUCAUUGGGUCGGAACAAGUUUGAGCAAUUGCUUAAACAAGGGAGGCUUUCUAGGGAGGACAUAAAUUCAACCUAUAAAAUUAUGAGGAGGAUUGAAGCUGAGGAACUGAGUCUGGAUGCGGCUGAAAUGGUGGUGACUAGCACAAGGCAAGAGAUUGAAGAGCAAUGGGGAUUGUACGACGGCUUCGAUCUCAAGCUCGAGAGGAAGCUUAGGGUUAGGAGACGGCGUGGAGUGAGUUGCCAUGGACGAAACAUGCCAAGGAUGGUGGUUAUACCACCGGGAAUGGACUUCAGCUAUGUCACAACUCAAGAUUCAUUGGAAGGUGAUGGUGAUCUAAAGUCAUUGCUUGGCCCUGACAGAUCCAAUCAAAGCAAAAGGAAUCUACCUCCAAUAUGGUCAGAGGUCAUGAGAUUUUUCACAAACCCUCACAAACCCAUGAUACUUGCAUUGUCACGUCCUGACCCCAAGAAAAAUGUCACCACAUUGCUCAAGGCUUUUGGGGAAUGCCAACAACUCCGAGAGCUAGCUAACUUGACGCUGAUACUCGGCAACAGAGACGACAUUGAAGAAAUGCCUAAUAGCAGCUCAGUUGUUCUCACAACAGUACUCAAGCUCAUUGACAAGUAUGAUAUGUACGGCCAGGUUGCCUAUCCCAAGCAUCACAAGCAAUCAGAAGUUCCUGAUAUUUAUCGUCUGGCUGCAAAAACAAAGGGAGUUUUCAUCAACCCAGCUCUCGUGGAACCUUUUGGUCUCACACUCAUUGAGGCAACUGCUUAUGGUUUACCAGUGGUCGCCACCAAAAACGGAGGGCCUGUUGAUAUUCUGAAGGUAUUAAAUAAUGGCCUCCUAGUUGACCCACAUGAUCAGAAAGCCCUAUCAGAUGCGCUACUAAAGCUUGUUGCAGACAAAAACCUUUGGCUUGAAUGCCGGAAGAAUGGCCUAAAGAAUAUCCACCAUUUUUCAUGGCCAGAACAUUGCCGUAACUACCUCUCACAUGUUGAUCACUGUCGGAAUCACCACCCCACUGCUCGUCUUGAGAUAAUGCCAAUUCCUGAAGAACCGAUGAGUGACUCUUUGAAGGAAGUGGAGGACCUUUCUUUGAGAUUCUCCAUAGAAGGAGACACAAAGAUCAAUGGAGAACUUGAUGCUGCAACCAGGCAAAAGGAACUCAUUGAAGCCAUAACCAGAAUGGCUUCCUCUAAGGGUAAUAAUCCCAGUGCCAAUUACUACCCUGGUAGACGGCAGUGGCUAUUUGUAAUAGCCACAGAUUGUUAUAAUAGCACUGGGGAUUGCACUGAAACCUUGUCGGCAACUAUCAAGAAUGUUAUGAAAGCUGCAAGCUCAGGUAUAGGCUUGGGUCGGAUAGGCUUUGUAUUAUCAACCAGUUUGAAUUUACAAGAGACCAUAGAAGCCUUGAAAUGCUGCCAAGUAAAUAUAGAAGACUUUGAUGCAUUGGUGUGUAAAAGUGGAAGUGAAAUGUAUUACCCAUGGAGAGAUAUGGUUGCUGAUGUGGACUAUGAAUCCCACGUGGAGUACAGAUGGCCUGGUGACAAUGUUAGGUCUAUGGUGACAAGGCUUGCCAGGAUAGAAGGUGAGGCUGAGGAUGACAUCAUGGAGUAUGUGAGUGCAGGGAGCUCUAGGUGCUACUCUUAUAGUGUGAAACCAGGAGCCAAGACCCGUAAGAUAGAUGACCUCCACCAGAGGCUACGGAUGAGAGGCUUCCGAUGCAACCUUGUCUACACACGUGCCGCAUCAAGGUUAAAUGUGGUGCCAUUGUUUGCAUCAAGAAUUCAAGCACUAAGGUACCUUUCAAUUAUAUGGGGAAUUGACCUUUCCAAAGUGGCAGUGUUUGUGGGGGAAAAGGGGGAUACAGAUUAUGAAGACCUGCUUGCUGGCCUCCACAAGACCAUUAUUCUAAGAGGCUCUGUGGAGCAUGGCAGUGAGAAGCUUCUUCGCAGUGAAGACAGUUUUAAAAGAGAAGAUGCAGUUCCACAAGAUAGCCCUAAUAUCACCUUUAUAGAGGAGAGUUAUGAAGCCCAUGACAUCUCAGCAUCCUUAGAAGCUGUGGGGAUCAAGUGAAUAAAUUUUCCCUUUGUAUCUCCCUUCUCAAAGGAUUAUUGUUACUACUAUCGGCUUUAGGGCCUUUUGAAGCAUACAGUUAUAUAGAUAACCCAAAGGCAAGAAUGUAGAUAUAGUAUGCAAGAAGAAUAUAAAUAUCAACUUCUUGUGAAAAUUCCAAAUUUGUAUUAAGAAUAAGCAUCUAAGCUUUUCAGAAAUUUCAUCAUCUUGUUCAUUUGACAUGAUCAUUAUUUGAUUCA